CUUGCGCAAGCCGACCGGUCCGCAGGCAAGCCAAAACAAAACAUUAUUUUGUGCGAACUUUGUGUUGUUCAACUGUUAUAGAUUCGCAUAUAAAUUCUUCUUCUAAUAAAAAUAUAAUUUUGAAGUAAUCUGUAAAUUGCUAACGUAGAAUGUAUGUAUCAGUGUAAGUGUAAGUGCAAUUUGGCGUUAUUUACCAAACUUGUUUUUUAGAUUUUAUUAUUAUUCUAAGAUUUAUAUCAAAAUGUCCUAGACGUAUUGUGGGCGCUCGGGCGCAACCGGGUCAGUCUGCAUCGCAGUCUGCCAACAGGAAAACAUCAUGUCCUUCAGCGUGAUCUUGCUGUUAGGUAUUCUUCUCACUUGCGAAGGACUCGAACAAUCAAGUCAAAACUGGCAUCAUCUUCCACCAGCAUUAUUUGGCUCCUCUGUCAAUGCAACUUCACGACACAACGACAACGUAAUUCGACCCAGUCCAAUAAAUGUGACUACAGAAGAGCUUAAGAAACUUCGUUGGCCACAAACCGUCUUAGACGACUAUGCUGACUACAUGUUACGAAAUUAUACGACUACAAUGGAUCAGACACAAAAAAAUCUAAAUUAUGCCCAGAAUCAAAUGAAACAUAAUCAUGUCGCAACUCAUGUCUUCAGUACAGAAGGUAUCCCCAGCAACUGGAAUAUUACAACUUCAGUACAUCGUCCUUUAACUGACGGUGAACAAGUUUCCCUUAAAAAUCGGGAUUCUCUUCGAGUAUCCCCACCCAAAAGUAAUAAUUUGACAGGAGGCUAUCAACCUGGCAUAAACAAUUUGGUAGGAGGCGAGAAACUAACGUCAGUUCAAGCCCCCUUUCUGCAGUGGCACGUGGGAGUAUACAGCAAGGAGUUUGAGCCCUAUAUGCAGAUAUGCGGAGGAACACUAGUCACCACAAAAGCUGUCAUAUCAGCGGCACACUGUUUCUGGAGUGACGUGGGCGGCGCGCUGCCUGCCUCGCGGUUUGUAAUAGCGGCCGGCAAGCUCUACCGGCCCUGGACCGACAAUCACGAUCUUCAUGCACAGAAGUCAGAAGUUUCCGCUGUACAACUACCGCCGCGGUUCCAUGGCGCGGUCACCAGCUUCCAAGACGACAUCGCCGUGGUGUUGCUGGCUACGGCGUUUACGCACUCGCCCGCCCUCCGCCCGCUCUGCGUACUAUUCGACGAAUAUCUUGAACACACCAAUCUCCGAAAUGGAAAACAGGGCGUUGUACUGGGCUGGGGCCUGACUGCAGAGAACGGCCCGCCGGCGCAAGCGCUGCAGUACUUAUACAUGCCGUACGUGCCCAUCGAGGAGUGUGUCGCCAGCACGGAGCCCAACUUCCUCAAGUACAUUACCAGUGAUAAGAUCUGCGCAGGCGUCACUACCGGGAAGGCGCUGUGCCGCGGCGACAGCGGUGGCGGACUGGUGUUCUUCGAUCUUUCCACCGGCGACCGGGUACCGCUCCUGUUUGGAGUGGCCUCCACCGCUCCGCGUAACGAGCACCUCUGCAACACGCACGCCCGCGCCACGCUCACGCGCGUGCUCGCACACCGCGUCUUCCUACGCACGCAUAUACCAGACAUAGAGGAAACAUGCAUGAAAAACUAUGUUAGUUUUGCAAGCGAUAUCGAGGCCAAUUUGUUAGAAGAUAGAACGGCAGCGACGCAUCAGCCACCACCAGCUAGAACGAAAUUAAUUUGCAACUGCUACUGUAAUAAUUCCACGAAACCUUAAAUACGUACCAAAUUGCCAACCAA